AAUACAAUUGCUGUGUGGCGUCUACCACAAAAUUAAUUGAAAUGUAUGAAGCGGAUGAGGCGCUUUACAAUGUGAGGCACCCUGAUUAUAAAAAUAGAUUAAGAAGAUUGGAGAGUUAUAAAAAUAUAGCAGAGAUUAUUAGCCGUGACAUACGGCCUGGAUGUACGGCCGAGGAUAUAAAGAGGAAGAUAAAUGGCCUCCGCCCUCCGUACUAGCACAGUCUAACAUUAGACUGUGGUACUAGCUACUCGUACGAGAAAGCUAAAAUGCAUAAAAGCAAAAGUGGAGCCAGUGCGCAGGCGGCGUAUACACCACAAGUGUACUGGUUCCAAAUGCUGAAAUUUCUCGACCAGUCAACAGAGGCCGACGAGAGUGUGUGCAAUAUGGAGAGCACGGAAAGUGAAACUGGAAGUGAACGUGCCACACCGACGUUUGAGGAAAUGUUUGCGCAUGAGAUGCAAGAGCCUGUCGCAUGUAGCGAGGCGCAGCCACAGCCCCUGCGUCAAGAGUGGCCUCCCACUAAAAGGAGGAAAGUCACGCCAGACGUGGCAACUAACAUCAUGGUGGAGGCCAGCAGGACACUUCAGGCUAUGGCUGAUGCUGCCAGAACCAUGCCUGUCCAUGAAGACCGCUACAGUACCCUUGGCGCCCACAUCGCAGCAGAACUGCGUGAAAUGGAAAAGGCGGGCGACAGUGAAUACACCACUGCCACUGUGCACAGUCUGCAGCGGACAUUAAUGGACAGUUGCUUCUAUGGAUUAUACCUGUGUGAGUUUGGUGUCAUCGUGCUUUCUUGUGUCCGAGGUAUGGAUAUGAAAGUGAAGUUCACGAGGAUAUCAUUACGUGCUGAGAUGGGUGAUGUGAUGUCUGUCAAAGUUUCUGCUGAAUAA